CCGAGCCAGCUAACUAGUCCAUAUUAGGCUUAGACGCCGGUUGUCUGUGCUGAAUGACGGCCCGUCAGCAUUGACCACCUCCCUGCCAGGGCUGACUUCACCCGCAACAACUGAUGAGGCUCAGUCAGAAGGAAGUCGCGAUCUACCCAUGGAUGAUGGAUGGAUGCCUGACUCACCCACAUUGAUUUUUUCAAUCAAGUCGUCCUUGCCCGGGCGAGCUGAAAUGAGCCACAGAGCGGCCGCACGUCAGCGCGGGGUACCUCUGAAAAGUGCCCAAACUCGCCAGUUUUAACCCCCCGCAUCUCUCAAUCCCCGUCACACACUACUAGUACACUGUACGUACAAAGGCGGAACGGCACAAUGAGUGAUGCAAUGGACUCGGAUGCGCCCCGUGGCGCUAAGCGAAAAGCCGAUGCCCUUGACGACACGGCUAUUCCCCGACGGAUCAAGGCGCUUGAUCAAGAUGUCGUCAACAAGAUCGCCGCCGGGGAAAUCAUUGUUGCUCCGGUCCAUGCCUUGAAAGAAUUGAUUGAGAACGCCGUGGAUGCGGGCUCGACGUCCCUCGAAGUCCUGGUGAAGGAUGGGGGCCUGAAGUUGCUGCAGAUCACCGACAACGGCUCCGGCAUUGAUAAAGAAGACUUGCCAAUCCUGUGUGAGCGCUUCACCACGUCCAAGCUGCAGAAGUUUGAAGACCUCCAGUCCAUCGCCACCUAUGGGUUCCGAGGUGAGGCCCUGGCAAGCAUCAGCCACAUAGCCCACCUCACAGUCACCACGAAGACCCCCGAAUCGAACUGUGCGUGGCGGGCCUACUAUGACAGCGGGAAACUGGUGCCGGCCAAGCCAGGCCAGUCGCCUGACCCGAAACCUGUUGCCGGCCGGCAAGGCACUCAGAUCACAGUCGAGGAUCUGUUCUACAAUGUCCCCACCCGCCGGCGAGCCUUCCGGUCUCCCGCGGACGAGUACAACAAGAUUAUCGACAUGGUUGGUCGGUACGCCGUCCACUGCUCCAACGUCGCCUUUUCCUGCAAGAAGCACGGCGAGUCGUCGACAAGCAUUGCCGUCCAAGCCACUGCUUCAGGCCUCGACAGGAUACGGCAGAUUUACGGGGGCAGUGUUGCCAACGAACUCACCGAAUUCUCCACGUCCGACGACCGUUGGGCGUUCAAGGCCAAGGGGCUAGCAACCAACGCCAACUACAGUACCAAGAAAACCACCAUUCUAUUAUUCAUCAACCACCGGUGUGUUGAGUCAUCCAACAUCCGGAAAGCCAUCGAACAGACGUACUCGGCCUUUCUCCCCAAAAAUGGCCACCCUUUCGUGUACCUCAACCUAGAGAUCGAUCCUCACCGGGUGGAUGUCAAUGUCCACCCUACCAAGCGGGAGGUGAACUUCCUAAAUGAAGAUGAAAUCAUCCAAGCCAUCUGCGAGCAUAUCCGCUCGAAGCUGGCUGCAGUAGAUGCCAGUCGGACGUUCCUCACGCAGAGCCUGCUCCCGGGCGGCACAUGGUCUGGCCCUGCCCCCAGCCCCCACGACUCAGCAGCAGCGGCGGCCGCCCCCUCUAAGACAAGUGGCGGCCCCGCUCGCAAGACCCCAGUCCGGAACGAAAACAACCUCGUUCGGACCGACACCAACCUACGCAAGAUCACUAGCAUGCUGCCUCCCGCCGCCGCCGCCUCUGGUAGCGGUAGCGGUAGCGGUAGCGGCGGCGGUGGUCCGUUUCCCGACGCCCCAGCAGAUACUGACAUGAUCGAGUACGAGACGGUCGAUCGCGAGGCUACGGCCUGCCGCCUGAUCAGCAUCCGCGAGCUGCGCGCUGCGGUGCGAGAAGACAUGCACCACGAGCUGACCGAGAUCUUUGCCAACCACACUUUCGUCGGCGUCGUCGACGAGCGCCGCCGCCUCGCUGCCAUCCAGGGCGGCGUCAAGCUGUUCUUGGUCGACUACGGCCGUGUGUGCUUUGAGUACUUCUACCAGCUGGGCCUGACCGACUUUGGUAACUUUGGCGUCAUACGCUUCAGUCCGCCGCUAGAUUUGAAGGAGCUGCUCACCUUGGCUGCGCAGCAGGAGAAGGAUGCCGCCGCUGCGGAAGACGGUGGGAGUGAUGAAGAAUUUGACGUGUCUGAUAUCGUCGAACUAGUCGGCGAGCAGCUCAUAGAGCGGCGCGAGAUGCUGCUCGAGUAUUUCUCGCUCGAGAUUUCCCCCACCGGCGAGCUGCUCAGCAUCCCGCUACUCGUCAAGGGAUACAACCCCGCCCUCGUCAAACUCCCACGCUUUCUCCUGCGACUGGGCCCACACGUCAACUGGGGCGAGGAGAAGUCAUGCUUUGACGAUUUCCUCAAAGAGCUCGCUUCCUUCUACGUGCCUGAGCAGCUCCCCGCCACGCCCGGGAACGAAGAGGGCGCUGCUGCAGAGGAGGCGGACGUCGACGAGGAGAUCAAAACCCGCCGGAGCCAUGUGCGCAGGGCGCUCGAGCACGUGCUGUUUCCGGCCUUCAAGUCGAGGCUGGUGGCUACCAAGUCGCUGAUGCAGGGGGGGAUAUUGGAGGUUGCCAACCUGAAGGGGCUGUACCGCGUGUUUGAGCGGUGUUAAGGUGUACUUGCUUAGAUGUGAUGGAUUUAAUGUAGCAACAUGGACGUGUUGCUGGCUAAUGGGUUAGAUA